AUGGAACCACCCAUCUUGCGCACUAUUGUUCCUGGGAGCCCAGGGGUGGUAACUUAUACACAAAUCCACUCAUACACAGUACAUGUUUCUCAAUGGACUGAUGAAGAACUGGAUCAUGAGAUUCAGCUUAUCCAUGAGCAUUUCCCAAAUGCUGGAAUCACAAUGCUCCAUGGGCAUUUCCGUCAUAGGGGAGAGAAUGUUCCUCAUGAACAUAUCAAUCAAGCACUUCAUAGAAUCUCCCCUGCCAACCGCUCAUUCCGACGCACUCACCUUAGACGUCGACGUUAUAAGGUGCCUGGGCCAAACUACCUGUGGCAUCAUGAUGGCCAGCAUGGCAAAUGGAAAAUUGUAGUCCAUGGAUUUGUUGAUGGCUAC